AUGGAUUUCCUUUACACCAUCUUCACCCUCAUCUUUAUUUCAUUACUUUUCCUUGUUUUAAGCUUCUGUUAUCUCAUCAUCAGUAUUUUCAUAGGCAAGUCCAUCAAUGACCCUUCAUACCCUCCUGUGAAAGGCACUAUUUUCCAUCAACUCUUCCACUUCAACAAGCUCUACGACUACUACAUCCAUUUCGCCACCGUGUGUCCGACCUUCCGAAUGCUCGUUCCUCAACACAGCGAGAUUUACACGACUGAACCGCGUAACAUAGAACAUAUUCUCAAAACCAACUUCAGUAACUACUCAAAAGGUGAGUAUGAACAAGAAAUAAUGAUUGAUUUCUUCGGCCAAGGGAUAUUUGCGGUCAACGGAGAACCCUGGAGGCAGCAAAGGAAGCUCGCGAGCUUCGAGUUUUCCACCAGAGUUGUUAGAGAUUUCAGCUGUGAAGUGUUCAGAAGAAACGCUUCCAGAUUGGUGAGAGCUGUUUCCGGGAUUUCGGCUUCGGGUCGGGUUUUCGACAUGCAAGAUUUGCUAAUGAGAUCUACCUUGGAUUCCAUAUUCAAAGUUGGUUUUGGGGUACAGUUGAAUUGCUUGGAGGGAUCAACUAAAGAAGGGACUGAAUUUAUGAAGGCCUUUGACGAGACAAAUGCUCUGAUAUCCUGGCGCUACGUGGAUCCAUUCUGGAAAUUGAAGAAAAUUUUCAACAUUGGUUCUGAAGCCUCCUUGAAGAAGAAUGUAAAAGUCAUUGAUCGGUUUGUGAACCAAGUUAUCAGCAAAAAGAGGGAACUAUUAGUAGAACGACACGAUUGCAAUGACAAGGAGGACAUACUUUCAAGGUUUCUAAUGGAGAGUGAGAAGAAUCCUGAGCAAAUGAAUGAUCAAUAUCUGAGAGAUAUUAUUCUCAAUUUUAUCUCAGCUGGCAAAGAUACUAGUGCAAUUACACUCUCGUGGUUUUUCUAUAUGCUGUGCAAGAACCCCUUAGUACAGGAAAAGAUUGUACAAGAAAUAAGAGAUGCCAUCGGUGACAAAGCCAAAGACAACGAAUCCAGUAUCGAUGAUUUCGUAGCAGCUAUAAGUGAUGAAGUCCUUGAGCGAAUGCAUUAUCUUCAUGCAUCAUUGACAGAGACCUUGAGGCUAUACCCUGCAGUCCCCGUGGAUGGUAGAUUUGCAGAUGCAGAUGAUACUCUUCCUGAUGGCUUUAGAGUCAAAAAAGGAGAUGCAGUAUAUUACAUGUCCUAUGCAAUGGGUAGAAUGCCUUAUAUUUGGGGAGAAGAUGCGCAAGAUUUCCGACCUGAAAGAUGGCUCAAGGAUGGAAUUUUUCAACCCGAAUCACCAUUCAAGUUCAUAGCAUUUCACGCGGGCCCUCGGAUCUGUCUUGGGAAGGACUUUGCAUACCGGCAGAUGAAGAUUCUAUCAAUUGCCCUCCUUCGCUUCUUCCGCUUUAAAUUAGCCGAUGACUCAAAACCGGCAAAUUAUAGAAUCAUGCUCACCCUUCACAUUGAUGGUGAACUCCCUCUCUGUGCAGUCUCAAGAACAGCGUCAUAA